AAAACGUCCCAGAAAUCUAUUCAAAUUCACGCCAUCUCUGAUCUGUCACCUGCUGCGAUGGCUGUGUCCUUGUCAAGCAACCCUGCUGGGAAGGACAGGAGUUACCAUUUCGACCCACUCAAAGGAAGCCCUGCCCGGGUGUCCGGUUUCUACCCAUCGCUCCCCAACGUGCAGUACAUGGAUGUCUUCAAGAGCACACACAACCUCUUCCACCCACUCAAGUCGCUUGGACGCCUGGUCACGGAGACACAAACAGUCAUGCCGUUCAGCUUCGCCGGAGCCCCGAGACUUUUUGCUCAGAAUGGACAUCAAGCGGCCAUCCUCCACGAACAGGUCUUGAACAUGGCCGGUUUUCCGUACUUCAACAGAGUGCCUCCUAUUUUCCCUAAACACGAGGACCUAUCACAAGUGGCUUCUGAUCAUUCCCCUGGAUCGGUGUCAGAAUUCAGCAGUCCGUCCAGUCAAAAAUCCUCUUUCGAGUCCUGCUCACCUUCUAAAGACAGUGCACUUUACCUGCACAAAGCAGACCCAGAAACCGAACAAACACACACUUACUGUUUCACAGAAGAGGACCUCUUCAAUGUCCUGUACGGCUACUCCAAGAACCAGGAAAAAAAUGUUGGCCAUGCCAUCUCGGGAGUUGCCUUUCCUGGAAAUUCAGUCCACGAAACUCAGCACCUCUCGGUGGAUGUGGAUUCUCUUGAACUUCCAGAAGGUUUGUCAAUUAUUCAGACUACUUGUGGAAAUGUUUCCCAUUAUGGGGUGUUUGCGGACAAAACAGCCAUACCGAAAGGCACCAGAUUUGGGCCGUUCACAGGAAAGCUAGUUAACACCAGCGAGAUUAAAACCUACGACGACAACACACUCAUGUGGGAGAUCUUUGAAAAUGGACGCUUGAGUCACUUCGUAGAUGGCCGUGGGGCGUCUGGAAACUGGAUGUCUCUUGUGAAGUGCGCCCGCUUCCCCGAGGAGCAGAACCUGGUGGCGGUGCAGAACCAGGGGCAGAUUUUCUAUGAGGCGUGCAAAGAUAUUAAGCCGCAGCAGGAGCUGUUGGUCUGGUAUGGCGACUGCUAUGUGCAAUUCCUGGGCAUCCCUCUCACUCUAAAAGAAUUCAUCGACAACAACUUUGAGCAACUACCGCCUGAAGAUUCUGGGGAGGGGUUUAAGUGUGACCGGUGCGGGAAGGUGUUCGCCUACAAAUACUACAGAGACAAGCACCUGAAAUACACGCGGUGCGUCGACCAAGGGGACAGGAAAUUUCCCUGUCACCUUUGCACAAGGUCUUUCGAAAAGAGGGACCGGCUCAGAAUACAUAUCCUCCACGUCCACGAGAAACACAGGCCGCACAAGUGCACCGUGUGUGGCAAAAGUUUCUCCCAGUCAUCCAGCCUGAACAAACACAUGCGCGUCCACUCGGGGGAGAGACCAUACAAGUGUGUUUACUGCAAUAAGGCUUUCACCGCGUCCAGCAUCCUUCGCACUCAUAUCAGACAGCAUUCCGGCGAGCGCCCUUUCAAGUGUAAGCACUGCGGGAAGGCCUUCGCAUCUCACGCCGCUCACGACAGCCACGUCCGGCGCACCCAUGCCAAAGACAAACCCUUCCCCUGUGAUGUUUGUAAGAGUUCCUUCCAAGACUUCCAAGAACUCAAAUUUCACAUGACGAGUCAUAAAAAACAACCACUGGUAGAAACAGCCGUUUCCUCAGACGUUCAAGUGAACCAACCACUGGAUGAAAACUCUGUCUUUCCUACGACCAAAGAUAUCACCCUUGCACAAAGACACAUCGGAGAACAUUUUCCCUACACUGGACUCGUUACACUCAACAAAGAAUACCGUCCUUGGAAUUAAAACGAAUUCAAAAACGAAACACCAAAGACUGAUGUAGCUAAACCAUAGACAUGAAAUCGCUGCUAUUCAUGUAGGUCUUAUUUCCUUAUUUAAACAUAUAGACUAUUUAAUGUUAUCAAGAAGUUUUAUCAUUUUCGUUUAAGCUAAUUUAUUUAGUAGAGUAGCGUACGUUUGGGAACGUCUAUUUUCUACUGAGUCAGGUGAAAGCUGCAUUUGUUUUUUCUUAUGCGUUGUUAUAAUUGCGUUUUUUCGCACAGAUUUAGUUUUCCAAAUAGUGAUUAUUUAAAAUAUCAUACACUACACCGUGUUUUCAUUAGCACAAGUGUCACCAAAGGGAUGUUAAUUAUAUUAUAUAACUAUCUUAAAUGCGACCGUUUGUGCGCUUUCAUGUGAAAUCAUAAUACUGGUGUUUGAUAUGCAUACCUUGCGCAGUGGCUACCUCUACAGUGAUAUUAUUUAUGUUGUCAAAUUCGUGUAAUAUUUUUUGUAUUUAAUAAGUGUAUUUGUGAGGCUGCAAAAGCAAUAUAAAUAUUUGUCUGUGUAAAAGUUAUUG